CGUACAUUACCGCUAAUAACAAAACUUUUUACAGGCUUAUAGUGAACCAGAUCAACAUGCCUGCUGCUUCCAGGAAGGAUAUUUCUGGUACAGAGGCUGUACAAACAAUCCAGAAUAAUUUUGAUGCACUUGAAGAAAGAGAGAUAGAAGCUGGGGAUGAAGACUUAGAUUUUCUCAGAGCUUUUCUUGAUGACCCUACUGUUGUGUCCCUUUUCAAAAUUCAUGAUGAAUUGGAACAUGGUGCACCUGAGCCAGAAGCAUCUAAUUCUGUUGGUAUGGCAAGAGAUUGUUUACAGAUAGUUUCAUCAGCCAAAGAUAAAAAUCGUAAUGCAGCUUCAUUAUCAAAGAUCAUUCAAAAUCCUCACUUCAAGGCUCUAAUGGUAGCCCAUGAUGAUGUCGUACAGAGAGAUUAUGGUGAUCGUGUUGAACAAGAAGACCAAACUCAAUCUUUAAUGUCCCCACCCCCACCAUUAUUUAAUGUUAUUACAGAACAAGUACGCUUUGUAACCAUACGCAAAUCUGAUAAAGAGCCUUUAGGUAUUACUGUUAAAUUAGAUGAAUGUAAUGAUUUAGUUGUAGCCAGAAUAUUACAAGGUAGCUUGAUUGAUAAACAAGGUUUAUUACGAGUAAAUGAUAUUAUACGUGAAGUUAAUGGUAUGCCUAUGGUUACCCCAGAUCAGUUGAUGGAAACAAUAGUUCAAGCUGAUAAUACCAUUACAUUGAAAAUAGUUCCCUCCUAUAAUGAUUCCAGAUCUACUGAAACUAUUUAUAUGAAAGCCCAUUUCUCGUAUGACCCAAUGAAAGAUAGAUUAAUACCAUGUAAAGAAGCUGGUUUACCUUUUCAAGACGGUGAUAUUUUAGAAAUAGUUAACUCAGAUGAUCCUAAUUGGUGGCAGGCUCGUUUUGCUGAUAUAGAAGGUCCAACUGGGCUAAUACCAUCCAAAAAUUUAGAAGAGAAAAGAAAAGCCUUUGUACAACAUGAUUAUGAUAAUGCUACUAGUAUAUGUGGUUUAACAAGGAAGAAGAAGAAGAAAUAUAAGUAUAAUACUAAAUCAAAUACCAACUUUGAUAGAUGUGAUGUGUUGAUCUAUGAAGAGGUUAGAAGGAUGGCACCAUUCCAGAGAAGUGUUCUGGUAUUGGUUGGUGCCAAUGGAGUUGGUAGAAGAUCUCUGAAAGAAAGAUUGAUUAGAGAUGAUCCAAGGAAAUUUGCUGGAGUUAUUGCUCAUACAUCCAGAGCACCAAGAGAAAAUGAAGAGAAUGGUAGAGGAUAUUAUUUUACUGACCGUGAUUCAAUGGCAUUAGAUAUACAUGAUCAGAAAUAUAUAGAAUUUGGUGAAUAUAAUAAUAAUUUAUAUGGUACUAAGUUAGAAACUAUCUAUGAUGUUAUGAAAACUGGUAAAAUGUGUGUUUUAGAUGUCAAUCCUACGUCAUUAAAAGUAUUAAAGACACCAGAGUUUAUGCCUUAUAUAGUGUUUUUAGCAGCACCUAGUGUAGAGGCACUAAAAGUCAUGUAUGAAGAGGGUAGAAGAUUAAGUACUACUGGUAGAGGAAGGGUAAAAGAUUUUAUUCGGACUGUCAAAGAAAGCGCUCAGAUAGAACAGACAUAUAAAGCUUAUUUUGACCUUAUAUUGGUGAACGAUUCAUUUGAAGCCACAUACAGAGCACUGAGAAAAGCCUUGACUUCAUUAUCAUCUGAACAGCAAUGGGUUCCAGUAAACUGGGUCUACUAAAUCAUUAGAUAUUCUAUCUAGGGUGCCCUAUCAUACAUUUUUAAUACAGAUAAUGAUAAAAAUGUACUGAAACAUUCUGAACAUUCAAGUUUGAAACUUACCCAGAUCAUGGAAAAUGUUCAAUCUGCAAGUGCAAGAAAGCAAUGUAUUUUGAAAUAUGACUUUUAAAAUGUUUGCAAUAAUUUGAACUAUGCACAACAAUUACUCUUGAAUGCUUUUAAAUUUAUCAGACAAUGCAGAGAUAAAAUAUAUACUAGGGUAUCCCGAGUUCAUUACAAUCAGAAUUGAUUUUGCUUGGAAACUUAUUUUUGUUUUGAUUUUUAUUUAAGUCAAUAUUUGAAUUUAAUUUUAUAGUGGCAUAUUCUGCCAAAAAUUACAUUUCAUAUCAAGGACAGCUAUCUAAAGAAGUCUUCAUAUCAUAAUGUAGAUAGAUUUAGAAAAGAUACAUCCCUAGAUAAUAAGAGAAAUUAGUCAAAUGAUUUCUUUGGUUCAGGAUUUUGAACAUGUUGGUAGCUUCAAUGCAGAUUUGAUCAGAAACGGACAGUUUAAAGACUGAAGUUAUAAACUGAAUGGAAAAUAAUUCUGAAUUUAAAAUCAUUAUAGCAUUUAGUUGAUCACAUCGUCAUAAAGGAGGAUUUUCUCCCUAAAUUUUGAUUCAUUAUUCGUGAUCACUCUUUUCGAAACACCUGAUAGUACCCCUCUUUGGAGGAGGCCACUACUAUACAACUUUUACAAUCUAUUUUUGCUAUACUUUGGACGAGAUUUUGAUUAACAGAUUUGUCUUGGUUGUACAAAUUUUUAUUCAUGAUAUAUCAUUAUAGUCUACUAGUUUGCAAACAUUUUGAUAUUUAUUUUUACCUUACCUCAUCAGUGGCGUUUCUACAAGGGGGAGUAAUAGGCUGGCCCGACCUUGUGAAAGAAAUGGCUUGAGGCCCCCCUGCAAAAUUUUGUGGCCUGGGUCCCCUCACCUCAUAUCUAUAAGGUAGUGAUCAGGCAAAUCUUGUUAUUUGUACAGCUGGUUAAAUACUGGGAUUUAAAUUGACUGCUUAUUUUUUAAUGAAUUUUAGGGGUGCCAAUGACAUGCAAAAACUAAAUUAACUUUGAAUUUUUGCUUGUAAUAUAAUACUGGGAUUAAAUCAGCUGUAAAAGUAUUAAAUUUUAUAUUGUUUCUACUAUCUUUUUGGCCUUUUCCGUUACAUCAAAGACGAGAAUAAAUGUAAAAUGGUUGUGAAUAUGAAAUUGGCUUAAUAUAUUAAUUUGUAUACAAAAUAUCAACCUCACUUGAUGCUCAUUUGAAACGGGAACCAUCAGUUUUUAAGAAAUUUUUGACAGUUUUAUUGCUGUAUAUUCUGUUAUUAAUGGGAGAAAACAAUGAAUGUUUUUUAAAUUACUAGAGUAGCAUUCCAAUCAGCCCAUGCAGAAACUAAAUUGAAUGAUAUUUAUGGUAGAUUUGUUGUAUUUGUGUAAUUGUGAAUAUUCAUUACAUUCAAUUGCUUCUGUAUAUCAGUAAUGGAUUCCAAAAUUUCUUUUUAAUUUUCAUCAUUUUGCUUGCCUUUAUUUAAAAUAUGUACGCAAUUUUUUUGCAUUCUUCUACCUUUAAUUCCAAUUUUUUUGAUUACAUCCUUCCCAAUAUAUUUACUAUAGUGUUAUAUUUAAUUUGAUGAUUUUUGUUAUAUGAUGUCAAAUGACUGAAUCUAAUCAAUGUAUUGAAAACCAUCGGGCCAAAGUUAAGAUAUAAUUUAUAUAAUGAAUUGUUAUAUUAUUUAAAUUUCAAAACAAAGAUUUGAAUAGUAUAUAAAUCAAAGUAUAUCUGUGCCUGAUAUUGAAUCCAUCCUAUAGAAAUAUAUCUACUAACAGUGUAUUUUAGUAUCAAAAUGAAAUCUUGUAUGAUAAAUAAUUAAAUUUAAGUCUAUCAGUACCAACUAACACUUUUAUGAGUUUGUAAGGGUCACAAAAUGUCUACUAGUAUAUAAGUGCUAUGUGAGUUAAUAUUAGGUUCAAGAUGAUGAAAGGUUCAUUAAAAUUCAUGAGAAUAUUUAGCAUUGAACAAGAUCUUUCUUACUGAUUAAUAAUACAUUAUACAAUAUGUACUCUACAUAAGAUCAUUUGUGUCAUUUUUCUAUGAUUAAUUUAUUGAACCUAAGGACUAUUAUACAGAUAAGAUCUGGACAUAGGACAUGAAAGAAAUGAUUUUAAAGAUAACAGGUUUGUACUAAAAUCAUACCUUCCAGAAAUUAACCAUAUGGCCUUACUGACCUAACCAUGACAAAAACGAAAAAAAAUUAUGUUUUGGAUAAAUUAACUUGUCCAAGUUUUUUUUAUUUUGGCACAGCUUAAGUGCUUUGACCCUUAGAUCUAAAGUUAAAAUAUUGGGUCUUGCUUGCAAAAACUAAUUGGUGGCUUCUCAUCCAUUUUGAUCCCCAAAAAUUGGCAGCUUAAUUAUCCACAUUGUCUGUGGAAUAUUCUUAAUGGUAUACUUUGAAUAAGUUUGCAAAACCUAAAUGGCGAAAUGGCUACAUAUAAAAUGGUUAAUUUAGAUUGAAGAAAUCAAAUAAUAGGCAUUCUGUGAAUCUUCAAGAUGAUAAGGUUGUAAAUCGAUUGCACUGGCAUUGUCUAUUUAUCAGGUAGACAAAGUUAAAUGUGAAUACUUUGAAUAUGAAAUUGUGUAAUAUUUUUCUGUACACCAACAUGGAAGAAACCAUUGUACAAUUGUAAAUUAUCCUGUAUGUUUGGUGCAUUGAAUAAUGAAUUAGGUUGAUUUUACAAUAACCAUUCCAUAUCAUUAUAUUAUUAUUCUUUGUUAACAUAAAUCAUAUCAUAUAGUAAAUUUAUUAUAGAUUUUGAAAAAAAAUUAAAACUGAAUUUAUUGUUU